UGGUGGUUGUUUUCAUUUUUAGAGCACGGGUGAUUCCUCUAUCCACUCCAUGCUCUCUCCCGACAACCUGAUUUUGAAUUAACGGAAGGUUUCUUUCUAUCAUGGCCAAAACUCGAGGAGAAGCCCAAGAGUCGACGGGAAUUGACGAGCAGGGGUCUAAGAUGGCCUUGAAACGUCGCCAAGAUGCUUUAGACCAUGACAAGUACGAUGAAGAUGAUGCCAUGGCCAACGUCGGGUCGGAAGCGAAGAGGCGUGAACUUGCCAAUGCAUCCAAGUCCGUGGAAUGCCCGUACUUGGACACGAUCGAUCGAAACGUGCUGGACUUUGAUUUCGAAAAGCUGUGCUCGGUGAGCUUGUCCCGCAUCAAUGUGUAUGCUUGCCUGGUUUGCGGCAAGUACUUUCAAGGCCGAGGACAGAACACUCACGCUUACACGCAUUCAGUCAGUGACGGUCAUCGCGUGUUUCUAAAUCUCGAGACCAAGAAGUUCUAUUGUCUCCCGGAUAACUACGAGAUUAUCGAUCCUUCCCUCUCGGAUAUCUUGUAUGUUCUCGAUCCCAUUUUUAGCCCGGACAUGAUUCGACAGAUCGAGACCACGUCCAAAGAGGUCAGAGCCUUAGGUGGCAUGCGCUAUUUACCAGGAGUGGUGGGUCUGAAUAACAUCAAAGCCAAUGAUUACUGCAAUGCCGUGCUCCAGGCCAUGUCUCAUGUGGGUCCCAUCCGAAAAUAUUUCCUGGAUCGAAAUAAUUACAAGGAUAUCAAAAGGCCUCCAGGUGAUUUGAGUGCCAUUUUAGUUCAACGCUUUGGCGAGCUGAUCCGGAAGCUUUGGAACCCCCGAAAUUUCAAGGCCCAUGUUAGCCCUCAUGAAAUGCUUCAGGCGGUCGUGUUGUGCUCCAAGAAGAAGUUCCAGAUCACGGCACAGGGGGAUGCCGAACAGUUCCUUACAUGGCUUCUGAAUGCUCUUCACAUGGCCUUAGGGGGAACGAAAAAGGCGCAGUCAAGUAUUAUCUACAAGGCUUUUCGCGGGGAAAUGCGGAUUCACACCAAAAAAAUUCUUCCCACCGAUGUGGACGAGUCGAAGCGUGAGGAGAUGCUCACUUUGGAUGAGUUCCAAUGGAAAACCACAGAGAGCCCUUUUCUGCAUUUGACUUUAGAACUGCCUCCACCCCCUUUGUUCAAAGACGAGAUUCAGGAAAAUAUAAUUCCUCAAGUGAGCUUGUUCAAUGUGUUGGCCAAGUUCAACGGUAUGACUGAAAAGGAGUACAAUACCUACAAAGACAAUUUCCUCAAGAAAUUUGAAAUUAUCAAGUUACCGCCGUUUCUAAUCUUAUAUUUUAAACGAUUUACGAAGAACACGUUUUUCCUGGAAAAGAAUCCGACAAUCGUGAAUUUCCCCAUCAAGUCGGUUGAGUUUGGAGAUCUGGUUGCACCGGAGUUCAAGCAUCUAUACCCCGACAACGCCGCGUAUGAUCUGGUCGCAAAUAUCGUACACGAAGGACCACCCAAAGGGGGCAUCUACAAGGCCCACAUUCUUCAUGAAGGUUCUGGAAAAUGGUUUGAAAUGGAAGAUCUUCAUACAGGAGCAGCUCUACCCGAAGUUCUUCCUUUGUCGGAGGCCUAUAUUCAAAUUUAUAAGCGCAUAAAUGAGCCCCUAAAAGAUGGGAAAAAGUCCGUACAAACAAAAGGAAAAGAAGGAACUAUGAAUAAAUAAUUGAUUCCUACCAG